CAAUACUUCUACGUCGCUACCAAAUCCAUGUCAUCCUCCGCUCCCUCUCAAGCUGCGAACCAGUUCAUAGAAGAAUGUGCCAGAUAACACCAUGCUCUUUGAUUCGUGGUCGCAGUACGAAUGGCAGGGUGGGUAUCGGCCGCACGACCACCUGAGUGGGAAGAACUUGACGAAUGCGCUGCUCUGCUCUGUCGCAGUCAUGCCAUCGAUCCUCUUCGUGCGAGUAUACCUGUUCGCGGCGUCGGAUUGCAACUCUCCCGCUGCGGUCUCCACCACUGCGCGGUGUUACCUCUUCGAGCGUCCGUUUGUCGCAGUGAACGUGAUGUUCUUUGUGAAUGUCAGUGUUGGGUUCUGGCUGAUCGGGUGGGUGCAGAAGUCCAUGUGGCUCAUCGAUCCUUACUGGACGCUUCUGCCGCCGAUGAUCGCGCUCUAUUACAUGGCGUGGUCUAGAGAAGCGGCACAAGGACAGCCAACAGAUAUUGACUAUCCUGCACGCGCCUAUGUCGCGCUGGCGUUGAUUUUCCUGUGGGCGGCGCGGCUUACAUGGAAUUACUUCCGGCGGGAAAACUGGAAGUUCGGCGAACGAGAGGAUUGGCGGUAUACGAAGAUGCAGCGGGAUUACCCGAGGAUGUGGUUUGUCCUCAGCUUCUUCGCGGUCGGACUCGCGCAGCAGCCGAUGCUAGUGGGGAUCUCGUGGCCGCUGCGGUACCUGCUGGUCGCGGUUGCGCACGAGGACGGAGGAGCAGAUGCUCACGCACUGCUCCGCCUGACAGCUGCAGACGUUCUGUGGGCGGGAGUCUGCCUCUCUGGCAUUGCGAUCGCGUUCUUCGCGGACAACCAGCUGCGGGCCUACAUGCUGGAGAACGAGCGGCGCAGGCAGGCCGGCGAGGCGGUGGCCCCCCUCCUCGACACGGGGCUGUGGAGGUACAGCCGUCACCCCAACUACCUGGGGGAGCAGGUCUACUGGUGGGGCCUGGCCGGGUGGGGGGUGCUGGGCAUGUCCGGGCCAGCCGCCACGGCUGCGCCGUGGUACGUGGCGUCGGGCACCGCGAUCAAUUCGGUCGUGCUCGCGGCGGUGACCAUGAUGACGGAGGAGCGCAUGCUCACAAACUGGGUGCCCGAGCGCGCGGCGCAGUUCUGGGCCUACCGGCGGAGGACGCCGGCGCUCUGCCCCUGGCCGCCGGGGCUGGGCCGCCCGCUCCUGGGCGGCGCGCGCGAGCAGCGGGGGGCUCCUCGCUGCACCCGGACCUGGCCGUUUCCUGCACAGCCCUGCCAUGUUCGGUCCCUUCCCUGGGUGCUGUUGCUGCGCAGAAGGCUUCGCUGGUCGGGGUGCUUCUGAUUGAGGGCGGUUUUUUUCUGCCCCCGAGCAUCAGCAUCAGCAGCAUCAGCAUCAGCAGCAUCAGCAUCAUCAUCAGCAGCAGCAGCAUCAGCAUCGUCGCGGGCUGUCGCUUGGCGUGUCGCGGCGGCGGCCCUGGCGACACGCUCCGCCUUGCAAAGAGACGGCGUGCCGCUCCCCAGGCCUCCGGCCAGUCUCGCAGGUUUGCGGGCAGCGGUCUCCAGCAGACGAGCAUCGAGUCGAGAACUCGAGGCGGAAGUUUUUUUACGCAGCCUUGGGCCUCUGGAGAGGCCCGCGCCGGGCUCGGGGCCGUCGACCACGGCUCGGGAGGAAGAGCCAGCCCCGAGGGGCCGCAUGGAGACACUCGAGACAUCGGAUGCCGGGGUCUUUCCCGCUUUUCAAGGCCGCCUUGACAGGAUCGGGGCAGAUGGGUUGGGUGUAGCGAGGGGUCUCCUGGCUUCCCGAGUAGCCCCCCGGCCUCGCCCGAGCACUCCCCGGGCAGCGGGUGAGCAGUUCUCCUCGGGGCGGCUCCCACGCCGCGCAUGGGCGAUGAGGUGCGCCCACCGCUCGCGGAGGAGGUCGGGGACAGGAGGAAAGAGG